AUGGCGCGGAUCGCGCGGCGGUCGCUGCGGAUCAAAGGGCUGCCGCUCUUCAGCCUUGGUCAUCCGUGGUCCUCGGUGGUGAAUGCCGAGGGGAAGCUGGCCCUGAGCCUCUUUGAACCUCGCUUCGUGGAGGUGGCAAGCAAGUUGCUGCCCCCUCGUGGGGAUGCCAGAUUUGGAUAUGCUGAGUCCUAUCCCCCCCGGGAACGGACCUCCGGCGUGUUGGCCAACAUCGAGGACCAUCGUUGGGUCGAUGAGGGACACGAAGAGUUCGUGCAAGGCUAUGGCAGCGGAUCGCAGGUGCAGCUCUUGGCGAAUGCCCAGCACCGUUUCCGAAUCCUGAAAGCGCGCAAAGAGCAGCAGGAGGGCGUUGACUUGUACUAUGCAAAUGUGCAGUUGAUGACCGAGAGAGAUUUGCAGAGGGGUCUGGGCCUGGAGGCCGUGGCGUAUUGGCAGGAGGAGUCCUCUCAAGGCAGCGAUUCUCGAGCGCUGAGUGUGAAGGCGGGCACCCACCUGGUGGCCAUCGUCACAGCGGCGGUCUUUGAGACUGCAGAGAGUUGGCGGGUCAUCGGCCAGGUCCCUGAGGGCAUCCGUGUGAUUGCCAUGGACGUGCCGCGUGUGGUCGAGGGCUACCUCAUGGUGCCGAUCAUUCCUUCGGGUGCGGUGGAACUGACGCUUUUCCGCGAAGCGGCGCAGCCUGGCAGCGGGGAGGUGCCAGAGGUGCAGCUACCCGAUGAGACGGUGCUCAAGGACACUGCCUGCUUGGCGGCGCUUGCAGCGCCGAAAGGCACCGUCGCCCGCCCCGUCGCGGCACGCGCGAGCGGAAAAAAAGCGGCGACCAGAGUGCAGCAGCGGGAGGAGACCGAGCGAAAUCAGAGCGCUCUGAUCACCCGAGUGGAGUCGGGCUGCCUCAGUCGCUCCGCGCUCCGAAAGGAGCUGGCCAGGCGCCAGCGGCAGGCACGGAACACGGAACCGCGGCACGGCCGACGAACGCAGCGGAACGCGCUGUCCAAGGCCGGCGAUGCGACCCUCAUCAUCCUGGUCUCCCCCCAAGCAGCGGGGCAUCCCAGGGAGCAGCGAGUCCUCGGGGCCAUGGCGUGGGACCUCGGCGCUCGUGCUUCAGUGGUUGCGCUGAAAACUGGGGUGAUAGCACUGGUGGAAGUGGUGGGACGGGGUGAGGCCCGAUCGUACCUGCCGCCGACGACGUCGAUGUCCCGUGCCACUGGCAACGGUUUUUGCUCGCCAGAGCCACCGUCCAACGGCACAGACGAAGUGGAUGAGAUGUGGCGAUGCUUGUUCCGUGGCGAAGAGGAUGCUCUGAAGUUCUUGGUGCGCUUCAACGUUUCCCUCAGUAUCCUCACUGGCCAGACCGGGAAGAAGGUGGUCUGCCGCGUGUCGCCCGGUGGACUGCAGGUGCGUGUGGGCGGUGGCUGGAUGGCGGCCUUGCCCUUCUUGGAGCGCUAUGGGCCACUGCACAUGGGCGCUCGAAGUGGAGAGGAUCCACAUUUCAACUGCACGUCGGUGGAUCUGCCACCCUCCAUGGAGCGGCUCUUGGUGCCCACGAAGAGCUGGGCCCAGCGGAUUGGCAUCCGCAAGAUGCCCGGGCACCGAACGCACCGGAUGGCCUACGGUGGUUAG